AUGACUUUUAAUGAAAUAAUUCGAGACCUUAUUCAAAAUAUUCAAUUAAAUGUUUUUUAUGAGCAUUUUACAAAAGAUGAUGAACAAAUUGAUUCUUAUUUAUUAAAUUGUCUAGAAACAGCUCGAAGUAUUUUAAAUAAUGAUGAACAAUUUCAAAAAAUUAAACCCUAUAUAAAAAUUGUUUUGGAAUAUUCAUGGGAAAAAUUGAAUACAGGAAUAUGGCAAAAUGUUAAAGACGCUUAUAGAUAUUUAUAUGCUUAUGCUUGUUAUAUUGAUGUACUUGUUGAUUGUAGAAUAUUAAUACAAAAUGAUAAUCAUGAUAAUUAUCAAGAUAUUAUAAAAAAAUGUGAUUUGGGUAUUUUACUCGGUGGACCAAUACUCGAAAAACAAUUCAAUGAUCUUAUUUCAAUAAUCAAUCAAAAUUUCAAGAAUACUCAAUAUGAAGAAUCUAGUGUAGAUCUUCAUUCACCAAAACGGAUACGUCUUGAUGACGAUAAUCAAAAUGAUGAUUUCAACUGGAUGCCAAGACCAAGUAUUGAUUUAACAAAAGCAGUUGAACGUAUUCAUUGCCCAUCUAUCGCACAAUUUCUUACAUGUUAUAUGAAAACAAAAAAACCUGUCAUACUCACUGGUUGUAUGGAUCAUUGGCCAGCAUUGUCAAAAUGGAGAUAUUUAUAUGCUUAUGCUUGUUAUAUUGAUGUACUUGUUGAUUGUAGAAUAUUAAUACAAAAUGAUAAUCAUGAUAAUUAUCAAGAUAUUAUAAAAAAAUGUGAUUUAGGUAUUUUACUCGGUGGACCAAUACUCGAAAAACAAUUCAAUGAUCUUAUUUCAAUAAUCAAUCAAAAUUUCAAGAAUACUCAAGAUGAAGAAUCUAGUGUAGAUCUGCAUUCACCAAAACGGAUACGUCUUGAUGACGAUAAUCAAAAUGAUGAUUUCAACUGGAUGACAAGACCAAUUAUUGAUUUAACAAAAGCAGUUGAACGUAUUCAUUGCCCAUCUAUCGAACAAUUUCUUACAUGCUAUAUGAAAACAAAAAAACCUGUCAUACUCACUGGUUGUAUGGAUCAUUGGCCAGCAUUGUCAAAAUGGAGUUUUGAUUAUUUGAUUAAGUUGGCUGGUGAUCGGACAGUACCAAUUGAAAUCGGUAGCCGUUAUUCGGAUGAUGAUUGGACACAAAAAUUAAUGACAAUAGCAGAUUUUGUAAAGCAAUAUUGUCAACGAAGAUCUUCAAAAUGUGGUUAUUUAGCGCAACAUCCUUUACUCGAUCAGAUUCCAGAUUUAAAAAAAGAUAUUUUGAUACCAGACUAUUGUUAUAUUAGUUCAGAUGAAAACGAAGAUGAAGAGGUUGAUCUUAAUGCAUGGAUUGGUCCAAAACAAACCAUAUCACCAUUACAUAAUGAUCCAAAACAAAAUCUUCUUGCUCAAGUUGUUGGAGAAAAAUAUCUUCGAUUAAUUGAUCCUAUUUAUUCAUCAAAAUUAUAUGCACUUGGUUCAACUAUGUUAAACAAUACUAGUUCAAUUGAUGUUGAAAAUCCUGAUUAUGAUCGAUUUCCUCUUUUUAAAGAUGUUCCUUAUCUUGAAUGUAUACUUCAACCGGGCGAUAUGCUCUAUAUACCAUCACGUCAUUGGCAUUAUGUUCGUUCUCUUUCAGCUAGUUUUUCUAUGAAUUUUACAGAAUUAUUUAAAGUAACAUCAUAUCAAUGUUCAUUUUCACCUGAUGGUCAAUAUUUAGCAUCUGUUAAUCAAUAUCGUUUAAUAAUACGCACAUCAACAACAUUAGAAAUAAUAAAUUUAUUUGCUUGUAUUGACGUAAUAGAUACGAUUGAAUGGUCAUAUGAUUCACGUUUUAUUUUAGCUGGGUUAAUAAAACGUAAUGCUGUACAAAUAUUUUCAUUAGAUAAUCCUGAAUGGAAAUGUAAAAUUGAUGAAGGUUCAGCUGGUCUUUGUCAAAUACAUUGGGCACCAGAUUCUCGACAUAUAUUAACAACAGCACAAUUUCAUUUACGUAUAACUGUAUGGUCAUUAACAUCAAAAAAUGUUUCGUAUAUUAAAUAUCCAAAAAAAAUUUCACCUAAAUCUUAUAUAUUUAAUUCAUCAAAACCAUAUAUGGCAUUAGUUGAACGUCGAAAUGAUAGUACAGAUCAUAUAUCAAUAUUUAAUUAUUCAACGAAUUGGUCAAUGAUUGCACAUUUUCAUGUUAAUGAAUUAGAAGAUCUUCAAGGUAUUCAAUGGUCACCAAGUGAUGAUGUUUUAUGUUUAUGGGAAAAUUGUUAUGAAUAUAAAAUUGUUUUUUAUACACUUGAUGGAAAAUUAUUAAAUAUAUAUAAACCUGAAAAUGAUCAUUUAUCAUUAGGUGUACGUUGUGCACAAUGGUCACCUACUGGACAAGUUAUGAUUGUUGGAGAUUAUGAAGAACAUAUAACUAUAUUUAGUUAUUUAACUUAUAAAAAAAUUCGAGAACCUUUUCAACAUCCACAAAGAUUAUCAUCAAAAAAAGGUUAUACAAUUUUAAAAGAAGAAGAACAUCAGAUUGAUAAUGAAGAAACAAAUGAAAAAAGACAAGGUAAACCUUACUCAUCUUCUACUUAUUCGUCAUCUCUCUUAUCAAAUAAUGAAUCAAAAGUUUCCAUUGAAUCAAAAUAUAUUAUAUAUAAUGGUACACUUCAAAUAGAUCCAAUAAAACCUAAUCUUGAUCGUGCUAAUCCUCGAUUAGGUGUAUCAUCUAUUGAAUUUUCAAGUUCAGGUCGAUAUAUAUCAACAAUAAAUGAUACAAUGCCAAAUAUUUUAUUUAUAUUUGAUUUUAAACCAACAUUUCAUUUAGCUUUUGUACUUAUACAAACUCAACCAAUACGAUGUAUUAAAUGGGAACCAAAACGUGAUUAUUUAGCAUUAUGUACACAUAAUAAUCGUUUGUAUAUGUGGUCACCACAGGGUGCUUCUUGUAUUAAUUUACCCGGUGAAUCGUCUAAAUAUAAAAUAGAUGAAUUAAAAUGGAAUAAUUAUAAUUCCAUACCAAGUGUUGCAUUGAUUGGACAGAAUGUUAUGUGUCUUGGUUUUGUUGAUCUUAAUAGUGAUAUGUAA